CAACAACUAACUAACCUCAACUUCUUAUUCUCUGCCAACACUAUACUAGAAAACAACUCAAGAUUCAUUCCAUUUAAUACUAACUGAUUACAUCAUCAUUAUGGCAUUAGCUAAAGAGUUAAUGGGUUAUCCUCUGAUCUCCAAAAGGCCAUUACUUGUUUGGUCGACGUCGCAUUUCAAGAAGACGACACAAGCAACACAGUUCUCGAUCAAGCCUUUUGAUCGGACACCAAGAACGUCCAAAACCGGCGUCGUUGCGGCCAUCAGCGAAGAUUUGGUCAAAACUUUCAACUCACCCACCGGUGACAGAAAGAGCGAGGAAGAUGAGAAAGCGGCGGUGAAAUUCAAGGUGAGAGCUGUGGUUACCGUGAGGAACAAGAACAAGGAGGAUUUGAAGGAGACUCUUGUUAAGCAUUUAGAUGCUUUUGGUGAUAAGAUCGGUCGGAACGUCGUCUUGGAGCUUAUUAGCACCGAACUUGAUCCAAAAACGAAUAUGCCGAAGAAGAGCAACGCGGCGGUUUUAAAGGAUUGGUCAAAGAAAUCGAAAACCAAGGCGGAGAGGGUUCAUUACACGGCGGAGUUCACGGUGGACGCAGCUUUUGGCUCACCGGGAGCCAUCACCAUCACGAACAAACACCAGAAAGAGUUCUUUCUGGAGAGCAUCACCAUCGAAGGUUUCGCACUUGGUCCUGUCCACUUUCCAUGCAAUUCUUGGGUUCAGUCCCAAAAAGAUCACCCAGAGAAACGAAUCUUUUUCACUAAUCAGCCGUUUUUGCCGAAUGAGACACCUGAUGGAUUAAAAAAACUGAGGGAGAAAGAGUUGAAUAAUCUAAGAGGAGAUGGGAGUGGGGUAAGGAAGUUAUCAGACAGAAUCUAUGACUUUGAUGUCUACAACGAUCUUGGCAAUCCCGACAAGUCAUCAGAACUCUCUCGCCCCAAGCUCGGCGGUAAAGAGAUUCCUUACCCUAGACGGUGUCGCACCGGUCGCCAUCCAACUCAUACCGAUAAAAAAGCGGAGAGCCGAGUGGAGAAGCCAUUACCUAUGUACGUGCCACGAGAUGAGCAAUUUGAAGAGACUAAGCAGAAAACUUUUGCUACAGGGAGGUUAAAAGCGAUGUUACACCACCUAGUUCCGUCGUUGAAAGCCAGCAUUUUAGCUGAGGACUUUGCUGACUUUGGAGAGAUAGAUGGUCUAUAUAAAGAAGGAUUGCUACUCAAGUUAGGGUUUCAAGAUGAAAUCUUUGAGAAGUUCCCCUUGCCCAAGGGCAUCGUUAAAACACUCCAAGAAUCUUCUAAAGGACUCCUCAAAUACGACACUCCCAAAAUAUUAUCGAAGGAUAAAAACGCAUGGCUACGAGAUGAUGAGUUUGCACGUCAAGCAAUAGCUGGAAUCAAUCCAGUCAACAUUGAGAGGGUCAGGACUUUCCCACCGGUGAGUAAUCUUGACCCUGAAAUCUACGGUCCACAACACUCUGCACUCACUUCCGACCACAUCAUCGGACAUCUCGACGGACUGUCCGUACAACAAGCGUUGGAAGAGAACAGAUUGUUUAUGUUAGAUUACCAUGACAUAUUUUUACCGUUCCUAGACCGGAUUAAUGCUCUAGACGGACGCAAAGCCUAUGCUACUAGAACCAUAUUCUUCUUGACUCGUCUAGGAACACUUAAGCCGGUAGCCAUUGAGCUAAGCCUCCCUCCCCAUGGCCCGAACCACCGGUCAAAACGCGUGGUUACACCUCCUGUCGACGCAACCUCUAACUGGGUAUGGCAGCUCGCUAAAUCCCACGUUAGCUCUAACGACGCUGGUGUCCACCAGCUUGUUAAUCACUGGCUACGAACCCAUGCAUGCUUGGAACCAUUUAUAUUAGCAGCACAUAGACAACUGAGCGCUAUGCAUCCAAUAUUCAAACUAUUGGAUCCGCACAUGAGGUACACGCUGGAAAUCAAUGCAUUGGCUAGACAGUCGUUGAUCAGUGCAGACGGUGUGAUUGAAGAAGGCUUUACAGCCGGCUCAUACGGCAUGGAAAUGAGUGCCUCCGCGUACAAGAGCAGUUGGCGGUUCGACAUGGAAGGCCUCCCCGCUGAUCUCAUUCGCAGAGGAAUGGCAGUGCAUGACCCGACACAACCACAUGGACUUAAACUACUAAUCGAAGACUAUCCAUACGCCAAUGAUGGUCUUUUACUCAGGUCGGCUAUCCAAACCUGGGUCCGAACCUACGUAGAACGUUACUACCCAAACCCAAACCUAAUAAAAUCAGACACGGAGCUCCAAUCUUGGUACUCCGAAUCAAUCAACGUAGGCCACGCUGAUCUCCGCGACGCCAAGUGGUGGCCAAAGCUAAACACAGUCGACGACCUCGUCUCAAUCCUCACCACACUAACCUGGCUCGCCUCAGCUCAACACGCAGCUCUCAACUUCGGACAGUACCCUUACGGAGGUUACGUUCCUAACCGACCUCCGUUGAUGCGUCGGUUGAUCCCCGACGAAAGUCGCUAUAAAUAA